CCUAACUGGAGUACCGCGUUGAAUUCUUGUCUGUGUCACUCAUGAUAAUGGGCAACCAAGGGCUCGGCACGAUAGUUAGUGUAGACCCGCGCGGCUGAGGACCUCGCAUAUUUUGAGAAUGGAACCCGCCUUUUGAACCCAUUUGCUUCUUCUCUUUUUGCCUUUGCUUCAUUAGCCCCCCUGACGCUCGUUUGUCCUGUCUAUUUUUUGUUGCUGGUGUUAGCGUCCGAGAAACGGACGCACCCAGUCAUCCUCAUGAGGGCCUCACCAUCGUCAAGGACGCUUCUGGCGUCUCUCGCCCUGUCAUCUCUCCCACUCUCGUUUGGCCAGCUCUCAAUCCCUACGGACCUUCCGGACUCCUGGGAGUACCAGGGAUGCUACACCGAUGUGCCUGGCCGGACCAUCAACAGUGCCUCGUAUGCCGAUGGCACCAACAUGACAAAUGCGGCCUGCCUCAGUUACUGCGCCUCCAAGGGCUUCCCGUAUGCCGGCACCGAGUACUCGGUUGAGUGCUUCUGCGGCACCACUCUCGCCUCCUCUUCGGCGAAGGUCGCCGAUUCGGAAUGCAAUAUGCCUUGCUCGGGAGCCCCCAGCGAGCCCUGCGGAGCUGGGAGCAGGCUGUCGCUCUUCCACUCCAGCGCCGUGACCGGACCAGCAGCGAACCCAGGGGUCAACGACUUCACCCACCUGGGCUGCUACGCCGAGGGCAAGACCGGCCGUGCCCUUACCUACAACCCCGGCCUUCCGGGGGCGGACAUGACGGUCGCCAAGUGCACGGCUGCCUGCCGCGCGGCCAACUAUAUCCUCGCCGGCGUCGAGUACGGGGGAGAAUGCUACUGCGGUAACACGAUUGCCAACGGCGGCGCCCCCGCCGACAGCGGGUGUAGCAUGGUCUGCAACGGCAACAGCACCGAGUUCUGUGGUGGCCCUGACCGUCUCAACGUGUAUAGCUACAAGAAUCAGUACGAGCCAACGGCCACCUCGACCACGGGCGCCGGGUCGACCUCGAGCUCCUCGGUGCCGUCGGCGACCGGCCUCCCCGAGGGAUGGUCUUACCAGGGAUGCUGGAUCGACGGGAAGCAGGGGCGUAUCCUGCCGUACCAGCUCCCGGACAGCCAGACCAACAGCCGGGCGGCUUGCGCAAACGCCUGCGCCGAGGCCGGUUACACCGUCUCCGGUACCGAGUACGCUGUCCAGUGCUUCUGCGGCGAUGCCAUCCACAACGGAGGUGUCGAGACCGACGAGGCCGACUGCAGCACUCCCUGCCCCGGCGCCCCGGGCGAGAAGUGCGGUGCCGGAGACCGCCUGAGCAUCGUCUCCAGGGGGCCGCCCAAGAUCUACGCCCCUCCGGCCCCGAUUGAGAAGAUCGGCGACUGGGAGUACCAGGGCUGCGCCGAGGACAACAUCAACGACAAGCGGACCUUCUUCUGGCAGAUCUUCUUCAACGACAUCAUGACGCCCGAGAUGUGCCUGGACCGCUGCGCCGAGUUCGGCUACCACGCUGCCGGCCUCGAGUACGGGCAGGAGUGCUACUGCGGCGACCCGGCCAACAUGGCCACCCACGGCGCCACCUUCCGGCCGGAGAGCGAGUGCAACGUCGUCUGCGCCGGCAACUCGACCGCCAUCUGCGGCGGCCUCGCCCGCCUCACCACCUACUUCUGGAUCGGCACCCCGUUCUACUCGUGGGACUUCCCGCAGGACUGGCGGGCCGGCAAGUACGAGUUCCUGGUCGACGGCGUCAACAUCCCGCUCAUCACCCACGAGACGAUCACCGGCAAGGUCUCCUUCAUCUCCAAGGGCGCCACCGGCCCGGGCAACGAGACGGGCGCGUACGAGUUUGACCCCGCCACGCUCGAGUUCCGCGAGCUCCACAUCAAGACGGACGUCUUCUGCGCCGCCAGCGUCACCCUGCCGGACAAGGCCGGCCGGCAGCUCAACGUCGGCGGGUGGGCCGGCGAGGCCACCUACGGUACCCGCCUGUACUGGCCCGACGGCGCCCCCGGCGUCCCCGGCACGCACGACUGGCAGGAGAACGUCAACGUGCUCCACCUCCAGGCCGGCCGCUGGUACCCCAGCGUCCUGGUGCUGACCAACGGUUCCGUCAUGGUCGUCGGCGGCCUGAUCGGCUCCAACGACGCGGCCACGCCCUCGAUCGAGAUCCUGCCCUACACGGGAACGCCGCCGCUGUACAUGGACUGGCUGGACCGCACCCACCCCAACAACCUGUAUCCCUUCCUCUGCAUCCUCCCCGGCGGCGGCAUCUUUGUCCAGUACUGGAACGAGGCCCGCAUCCUCGACCCCGUCACCUUCGACACCGUCAAGACCCUCCCCGACGCCCCCGGCGCCCCCAACGACCCCAAGGGCGGCCGCACGUACCCGCUCGAGGGCACCGCCGUCCUGCUCCCGCAGAAGUACCCCUACACCGACCCGCUCGGCGUGCUCAUCUGCGGCGGCUCGACCGAAGGGCCCGGCAACGCGCUCGACAACUGCGUGUCCAUCUACCCGGAGGCGGACGAGCCCGAGUGGCAGAUCGAGCGCAUGCCGUCCUUCCGCGUCAUGACCUGCAUGGCCCCGCUGCCGGACGGCACCUACCUGAUCGCCAACGGGGCCCUGCACGGCGUCGCCGGCUUCGGCCUCGGCGUCGGCCCCAACCUCAACGCGCUGCUCUACGACCCGUCCAAGCCGCUGGGCUCGCGCAUCACCGUCGCCGCCAACACCACCAUCGCCCGCAUGUACCACUCCGAGGCCAUCACGCUGCUCGACGGCCGCGUCCUCAUCUCGGGCUCCAACCCGGAGGACGGCGUGAACCCGGAGGAGUACCGGGUCGAGGUCUUCCUGCCCCCGUACCUCCUCGCCGGCAAGCCCCGCCCGACCUUCACGCUCGAGAACCGCGACUGGGCCCACGGCCAGACCGGCAUCCCCUUCACCCUGGGCAGCCCCGCGCGCAACGGCGACAUCACCGCCACCCUCCUCGGCUCCGUCGCCAGCACGCACGGCAACUCGAUGGGCGCCCGCACCCUGAUGCCCAGGGUCUCGUGCCGCGGCACCUCGUGCACCGUCGACGCGCCCCCGACCGCCAACAUCUGCCCCCCUGGCUGGUACCAGUUCUUCGUCCUCGACGGCGGCAUCCCCGCCGUCGGCGUCUACGUCCGCAUCGGCGGCGACGCGGGCCAGAUCGGCAACUGGCCGCAGGCGCCCGACUUUUCUGUCCCCGGCGUCUGAGAGAGAGUGAGAGAGAGAGAGAGAGGGGGGGGGG